GCAGGAGGAGGAGGAGGAGGCGGGGACGGUCGGGUCAACACGCCGGGACCGAGCGUCACAUCCGGGCUCCGGCAACGUUGCUGUCAGUGUCAAUGCCAAAAGCUAGCGAGGCAAAGCGAAGCAAAGCUCGUUUUUGUGCACUUAAAAGCGGCUUGUUUUCGUUUUAACACGACGCGAUAGAGCACUCAAAGGCUUGUGAGUGUAAUCCCGGUGUGCAGUCUUUAAAGUGUAGCCGCGUGAAUCGGGGAAAUCUCACUUCAAAACAACGAGGCGAAAAAAACAGGAGGAGGAACACGUUGCCUUUGUCGGCGGGAUGCCAUGCCACAAUCAGCAGCUGAACAAUGUCAACAGUGGCCAGGAGCACCCGAUGAAGCAAGUCCGGUUUGCAAGCAGCAGCAGCAGCAGCAGCAGCAGCAGCGUGUCUGCAGUGCUGUCCAACUCUGACCCAGCUGAUGCCUCCAUACAGCCUGACAGCCAAGAUAACCUGGGACCACAGCUUAAACUGCUCCCUCUGAACGACCAGAUCCGAGAGUUACAGACUAUAAUCAGAGACAAGACGACCAGCAGAGGAGACUUUGUGUUUUGUGCCGAUCGACUGAUCAGACUAGUAGUUGAAGAGGGUUUGAAUCAGCUCCCCUACUCGGAGUGCACUGUGACCACACCAACCGGGUAUAAGUACGAAGGUGUCAAGUUUGAAAGAGGCAACUGCGGAGUCAGCAUAAUGAGGAGUGGUGAGGCCAUGGAGCAGGGUCUCCGGGACUGCUGCCGCUCCAUCCGGAUUGGCAAGAUCCUCAUCCAGAGUGACGAGGAGACACAGAAAGCCAAAGUCUACUAUGCCAAGUUCCCUCCUGAUGUAUACAGAAGAAAAGUGCUGCUCAUGUACCCCAUCCUUAGUACAGGGAACACUGUGAUUGAGGCGGUGAGAGUGCUGAUAGAGCACGGAGUCCAGCCCAGACAUAUAAUCCUCCUCAGCCUCUUCUCCACACCUCACGGAGCCAAAUCUAUAAUCCAGGAGUUCCCAGAUAUCACCAUCUUGACCACAGAGGUUCACCCAGUGGCUCCAACACAUUUCGGGCAGAGGUAUUUUGGCACUGACUAAACCUGAGGACAACCAUGAGGAACAUGAUCUGCAGAUUGUUUUGAGUAUAUUUUGUCCUGUUUUAUUUAAAUGUAUCUCAUGUUCUCCUCGUUGUGCCAAAUACUGCUCUUUCAUCUCCAAACUUCCUCAACUGAUACAAAAUUAUUCAUCUGAUCGAUUGUAUUUAUUAUGAUGUGUUUUUGCUGUGAAUACACGUGAAAAAAGAACACCACGGAACCUUAUAAAGAGUUCAACUUGGAUCAUUUUAUUUUGCAUGUUACAACAACUGAUGGAAAAUAAAGACUUUAUAUUUGUUAACUGACAGAACAGCAAAUGAA